AUGAGCCAGGCGCAGCCCUACGCCCCGCGCAAGGGCAGCUCCCCGGCGCCGGGGGCCCGGCGGAACGACAGCCAGGACUACCUGCUGCUGGACGCGGAGCUGUGCGAGGAGAGCGCCCUGCCGCCCUACGCCUUCUACCCCGUCCGGGGCAACGAGAACAGACUGGCCCUGCGGCGACAGACCAUUCUGCGGGAGAAGGGCAGGAGGCAGGCCAGCCGGGGGCCAGCCUACAUGUUCAAUGACCACUCCACCAGCCUUUCCCUGGAGGAGGAGCGCUUCCUGGACGCCGCCGAGUAUGGCAAUAUCCCGGUGGUUCGCAAAAUGCUGGAGGAAUGUCCCUCGCUCAACGUCAACUGCGUGGACUACAUGGGGCAGAACGCCCUGCAGCUGGCAGUGGCCAAUGAGCACCUGGAGAUCACCGAGCUGCUGCUGAAGAAGGAGAACCUGGCCCGGGUGGGGGACGCCUUGCUGCUGGCCAUUAGCAAGGGCUACGUUCGGAUCGUGGAGGCCAUCCUGAGCCACCCCGCGUUCGCCGAAGGCAAGAGGCUGGCUCUGAGUCCCAGCCAGUCGGAGCUGCAGCAUGACGACUUCUACGCGUACGAUGAGGACGGCACGCGGUUCUCGCACGACGUGACACCCAUCAUCCUGGCGGCUCACUGCCACGAGUACGAGAUCGUGCACACCCUGCUGCGCAAGGGAGCGCGCAUCGACAGGCCGCACGACUACUUCUGCAAGUGCAGUGAGUGCAACCAGAAGCAAAAGCAUGACUCUUUCAGCCAUUCUAGGUCCAGGAUCAAUGCCUACAAAGGUCUGGCCAGCCCUGCUUACCUGUCUUUGUCCAGUGAAGACCCGGUCAUGACUGCCUUAGAGCUCAGCAAUGAGCUGGCUGUGCUUGCCAACAUCGAAAAAGAGUUCAAGAAUGAUUACAAGAAACUGUCUAUGCAAUGCAAAGAUUUCGUAGUUGGACUGCUUGAUUUGUGCAGAAAUACAGAAGAAGUGGAAGCUAUUCUGAAUGGUGAUGUGGAGAUGAGCCAUAAUAAUGGAGAGCAUGGUCGUCCGAGCCUCAGCCGCUUGAAACUCGCCAUCAAGUAUGAAGUUAAAAAAUUUGUAGCACAUCCAAACUGCCAGCAGCAGCUCCUCUCUAUUUGGUACGAGAAUCUGUCGGGUUUGCGGCAGCAGACGAUGGCAGUGAAGUUUCUGGUUGUCCUCGCGGUUGCGGUCGGACUGCCCUUCCUCUCCAUGGCCUAUUGGAUUGCUCCUUGCAGUAAGCUGGGGAGGAUAAUGCGUGGACCAUUCAUGAAGUUUGUAGCCCAUGCAGCCUCUUUCACCAUUUUUCUUGGUCUACUUGUCAUGAAUGCAGCUGACAGGUUUGAUGGCACCAAACUCCGACCCAAUGAAACAACAGACAACGUAAAACAGCUUUUUAGGAUGAAAACAUCCUGUUUCUCAUGGAUGGAGAUGCUUAUUAUUUCUUGGGUAGUAGGCAUGAUAUGGUCUGAAUGUAAAGAAAUUUGGUCCCAAGGUCCAAAGGAAUACCUGUUUGAGUUAUGGAAUAUGCUUGAUUUUGGUAUGUUAGCAAUUUUUGCAGCAUCAUUUAUAGCAAGGUUUAUGGCAUUUUGGCAUGCAUCCAGAGCCCAGAACAUCGUUGAUGCAAAUAUGAAAGAUCUGACAAGUCCAACACUGGAGCCCAACAUAAAAUACUACACCUUGGCCAGAAUAAACUGGGAUCCAUCAGACCCUCAGAUCAUUUCUGAAGGGCUGUAUGCAAUUGCAGUGGUGUUAAGUUUCUCACGGAUAGCCUACAUCUUACCAGCUAAUGAAAGCUUUGGACCACUGCAGAUAUCACUUGGCAGAACCGUUAAAGACAUCUUCAAGUUUAUGGUGAUAUUUAUCAUGGUGUUUGUGGCUUUCAUGAUAGGCAUGUUUAAUCUCUAUUCCUACUAUCUGGGGGCAAAACAAAAUGAAGCUUUCACAACUGUUGAAGAAAGCUUCAAAACAUUGUUCUGGGCUAUAUUUGGACUCUCAGAAGUUAAAUCAGUUGUUAUCAAUUAUAAACACAAAUUUAUUGAAAAUAUUGGUUAUGUUCUUUAUGGAGUCUAUAAUGUUACCAUGGUCAUCGUCUUACUGAACAUGCUUAUCGCAAUGAUCAACAGUUCAUUCCAGGAAAUUGAGGAUGAUGCUGAUGUAGAAUGGAAAUUUGCAAGGGCUAAACUUUGGUUUUCUUACUUUGAAGAAGGAAGAACUCUUCCAGUACCCUUCAACUUAGUGCCAAGCCCAAAAUCUUUGCUUUAUCUCCUAAUCAGAAUAAAAAAAUGUAUUUCUAAACUGGUUUUGUGCCAAAAGAAAAGCUUUCAGGAAGAUGCAGAGAUGAACAAGCUUGAUCAAAGGAAGCAAUCGAGUAUAAGAAGCUCAGAUGAAAUCCACUUAAACAGUUUAAACAAUCCUCCAAGACAAUACCAGAAAAUAAUGAAGCGUCUUAUUAAAAGAUACGUGUUGAAAGCGCAGAUAGAUAAGGAAAGUGAUGAAGUCAAUGAAGGUGAAUUGAAGGAAAUUAAACAGGACAUCUCAAGUCUCCGGUAUGAACUCCUUGAGGAAAAAUCUCAGAAUUCUGAAGAUCUGGCAGAACUUAUAAGGAAACUUGGGGAAAAACUGUCACUUGACUCUAAGGAAGAAGAAAGCAAGAGAUAACCAAAAUAAGAUACGCAACAGAAUGUUAACAAUUCACUUAAAGCCAUAUUUCUGUUUUCCUCAAGUCUAGCUCACAUUUCUAAAAAAGAUUCAGAAAUUAAAUCAUUCCAAUUCUUUAUUGAAAGAACACAGUGGCAA